UCUUCGUCGUCUGCAUAUCCAGCCCACUACAUGUCGCAGACGACGAAUAGUUUACAAUCUUAGAGAGAGAAAAAAACCAAAAAUUUACUUUUAGAGAGAGAAAGUUAGGGAACGAACGAGCACGAAGACGAAUCACAACGAUGCAUAAGUUCAUAUGUUGAGAGAAAUAGGAGUUUCAGACAGGAUUCAAUGCUUCCAUGACUGAACAUUUUCUAGGGCAAAUUCGUGUGCUUUGAAAAUUGCUGUAUGCUGCAUCAAAGCAAAACCCUAGAAGAGAGGAAGUUCCAGGGACGGCUUGAAUGAAGCUAGGGGCCUAGCUGCCAAUCGUUACAUAACUCUUCACAAUUCAGGAAUUAAUCUAUGUCUUGAAUCAAUGGGAGGGGAGCAUCUUUAGGUAAGAAGGUAGGCAUGCAUGGAUGUGGUUCUGGAUCUGCUCUCCUAGUCAAUGCCGAGGUUGAUUCUAUGGGAGGAGUUAUUGAUGGUGGAGCUGGAAUUGGCAUCAAAACCUCUCCGCGGCUAGCGGCAAUCGAGAAGGCUCAAGCAGAGCUUAGGCAGGAGUAUGAUGUUCGUGAGGAAAGGAGAAGACAGUUAGAGUUUCUCGAAAAAGGUGGCAAUCCCUUGGACUUCAAACUUGGGAAUGCUGCUUCAGUCAGCGUCCAGUCCACUUCACUGACAAAUCAACACCAUGAGCAGUUUGUGACCAGUGAAGCAAAAGGUAGUUUUGCAUUGACUGCUUCACCUUAUGGGGAUUCUGUUGAAAGUAGUGGUAGGCCGGUGGCUACUCUAGGUUGUGAACCCAAUUGUGCUGAUAAUCUCAUGCUGUUUGAUGGUGAAAAUGAAUUUCUUGAAGGUGACAGAAAGUAUGUGCAUUCCAGUAGGAGUAAGAUUAUUCCAUCGGAGCAUUACACCCAAUUGGAUGGAAGUCAAAAUGCCAAAGAAGUAGUGGACUCUGCUGCUUUUGGCCUUCCAAAAAAGGCAUAUAGGCGAAGGAUUAGGUCCCGACCAAAUCGUGACGGUGCUCGAUCAGGCUCAACUGAAGCAGUACCAUCUCGUGGUGGUCACAGCUCUUCUUUACCUUCUCGCAAUUGUCUCAGGGACACCAAAGAGUCAGUCUCUGAUACAGACUUUCAGAAGGACCAGAAUGUUUCAAUGAAUUUGGAUAUGAAGCCCACAGGUUCAAAGGGUACUAUAGUUCUCAAAACCGUACCGGCUGAUAAUCAGUUAGUUACAGAGUUAGAUGGCAUGCGACCAGUAGAGUCUGGUGCUCUGACCAAAGAUAUGCUUCCUGUUGCUGCUUCAGAUGCUGACGCUUCCAAAAACUUGUGGGAUGAGCAAUGCUUACAAUCUGAUGCUCAGGAGACUCCUAAGGAAAUGCCUUCUGCAGGACCUAAAUCUGUUGUGGGAGAGGAACAGGUGGAUUCAGUAGGUCUUGAACAUGUGCCUUGUGUUGCCAUCACAAAAGUUGAUAAUCAAGCUGGUUCGGGUCAAAUGAAUGGGUUAAGCAACGAAAAGUGGGAUACAAAAGACCUACCAAAUGAAGGUCAAAACGAUAGUGCAGCAUGCAUCAAAGGUUUAGAUUCUGAGUCAUCUUGCACGCAAACCAGUCUUAGCAUGGAUGGAAAUAAUGAUAGUGAAGUUUGUACUAAUCUUAGAAAUAUUGAUUCAAAUGGGAAUAGUAAGGAACAAGUCUUAGCAUCUGAAGGGACACCAAAUAUGGACAGUGAUAAAUUGGUUAAAGAAACUAAUGAGAAUAAAGCGGAUGACAGUUGUGCUUUCAUUAAGCACAAUAUCAAUUCUGUUCAUCAAAGCCACAGAGGGAAUGAUCACAUACUCAAAUCCCAAGAAGAACUGAAUGGAAGUGGACCUGGCUUGCACAAUGGUGUGAAAGAUUCUAUGGUUGUCAAGGGAAUGGAGCCACAUGGCAUUACUGGUUUAGAAACAGAAAGCAAACCUAGUAAUUUGUUGGUUGAAAUUUCCAUACCACGGAGUGAGAAUGCUUGUCCUAGUACCCUUCUGGGUUCUAUGGAUUCCUCUAAUCAAGAGCUUACAGAUAAUAAGUCGUCUGUUAGGGUUUCAACUGUUGCUGCAGAGCACAAAGCUUGUUCUGGAGUGCAACUGAAAGUGGUCAAUGAGGCAGAUGAAGACUCAAUUCUGGAAGAGGCACGAAUUAUAGAGGCGAAGCGUAAGCGGAUUGCAGAGUUAUCUGUUGGUACCCAACUGGUGGAGAAUCGUCGAAAAUCUCAGUGGGAUUAUGUCAUGGAGGAAAUGGCAUGGUUGGCAAAUGAUUUUGCGCAGGAGCGUCUUUGGAAGAUAACUGCUGCUGCUCGUUUAAGUUAUCAGGCUGCCUUUUCUUCUCGGUUAAGAUGUGAAGAAAAAUAUUCAUGUUGGAAGCAAAAAAAUGUAGCUCAUACCUUGGCAAAAGCUGUUAUGGAGUUCUGGCAUUCAUUAGAGGAGACGAGCAAAGAGCCGGAGCUGAAAUGUCCUGAAAAAGAUUUUGCACUUUCUGUUCAGGGAUAUGCAGUGAGAUUUCUGAAAUACAAUAGCUCUCACAUUCUGCAGGGACAAGUUGAGGCUCCAGCAACCCCUGACAGGAUGUGUGAUUUGGGUACUCUGGACAUGUCGUGGGCGGAUCACUUGACGGAAGAGAAUCUUUUAUACACAGUUCCUGCUGGUGCAAUGGAAACGUAUAGAAAAUCUAUUGAGUCUUAUUUGAUACAACUUGAGAAAACUGGCAGUAGCAUGCAAGAGGAAGUGGAGACAUCCACCUAUGACGCUGUUCCAGACUUCGACACGCAAGAUAAUGCAUAUGAAGAAGAUGAAGGAGAAACAAGCACAUAUUAUUUGCCAGGAGCCUUUGAAGGUAGCAGGUCCACAAAUUUUGCCCAAAAGAAGCAAAAAAACUCGAUAAAGGCAUAUGGUGUAAAUUCAUAUGAAGUGGGAGCUGAUUUACCAUUUCUUCAAUGCAUGGAAAAGAAAGUUGGGACUCAACAAUCUGUGUUAAUGGGAAAACGGCCUGCCAACAGUCUCAAUGUGUCAUUUCCAACAAAACGCGUGCGGACUGCUUCCAGGCAGAGGAUUCUAAAUCCUUAUAGCGCUGGAACACCUGGUAGUGUUCAGGCACCAAAUAAGACAGGUGCUUCCAGUGGUGAUACUUAUUCUUUUCAGGACGAUCAGAGUACUUUGCAUGGUGGAUUCCAAGUUGUAAAUAACAUGGAAGUCGAGUCAGUGGGGGACUUUGAAAAGCAAUUACCAUUUGAUUCCUCAGAAGUAUCAACAAAACCUAAAAAGAAAAAGAAGGCAAAACACCUGGGUUCCACAUAUGAGCACAGAUGGCAGCUUGAUUCAAAUUUUCAACAUGAGCAGUUAUAUCUUUUUAGUCGCAACAGUUUCUUGGACUCUGGUGAAUCUCAACCUUCAAUAGGUGUCACUCUGAGGGAUUAUUCAAAAAAGAGAUCAGAGAACCAUCAAGUUGAAUCUAACGGAACCAGUGGUAAUGAUAGUCACUAUAGUUUAUUUGGUCAACACAUUGUGAAGAAGCCAAAAAUUGUGAAGCAGUCACUUGACAAUUCUUUUGACAAUUCUACUCCAAUGGUUGGAUCUAUUCCCUCUCCGGCUGCUUCCCAAAUGAGUAAUAUGUCCAACCCAAAUAAGUUCAUCAAAAUGCUUGGCGGUCGGGAUCGGGGUAGGAAAGCCAAGGGCCUGAAGGUGCCAGCUGGACAGCCAGGUUCAGGAAGUCCAUGGUCACUAUUUGAAGACCAGGCACUUGUUGUCCUCGUACAUGAUAUGGGUCCAAGUUGGGAGCUUGUAAGUGAUGCUAUCAAUAGUACUUUGCAGUUCAAGUGUAUAUUUCGGAAGCCUAAAGAGUGCAAGGAUCGUCACAAAUUAUUGAUGGAUAGGACUGCUGGUGAUGGGGCUGAUAGUGCUGAGGAUUCAGGGUCUUCUCAGCCUUAUCCAUCUACUUUACCUGGAAUUCCAAAGGGCAGUGCCAGGCAAUUAUUCCAGCGUCUGCAGGGUCCCAUGGAAGAGGACACCCUCAAAUCUCAUUUUGAGAAAAUCAUUAUGAUUGGACAAAAAUACCUUUACCGGAGGUCUCAGAAUGAUAACCAGGAGCCAAAACAACUUCAGCAACCUCAUGGUUCUCAUACAGUUGCUCUUUCCCAAGUUUGCCCAAGUAAUCUGAAUGGCGGCCCUAUUUUAAUGCCUCUGGAUCUCUGUGAUGCAACUGUACCUAGCCCCGAUGGUCAAUGCCUUCACACUAACGGGUUAGGUACUCCGAAUCAGAGUACCGUAGCACAAAUGCUUCCUGCUUCUGGUGAAAAUUCCCCAGUACAAGGGUCUUCUAAUAUGAUACUUGGCAGUAACUAUUCAUCGCCAUCUGGUCCAGUCAAUGCCUCUGUUAGGGAUGGUAGGUAUGCUAUCCCCCGAACCGCAUCUUUAUCAAUUGAUGAACAGCAGAGAAUGCAUCAGUAUAAUCAAAUGUUAUCUGGUAAGAACAUUCAGCAACCCAGUCUAUCUGGUCCUGGAGUUCCUCCAGGAACCGAUCGUGGGGUUCGUAUGCUACCUGGUGGCACUGGUAUGGGCAUUAUAUCUGGGUUGAAUAGAAGCAUGCCAAUGACAAGGCCGCCGUUUCAAGGAAUUUCCUCAUCAUCUAUGCUGAAUUCCAGCAGUAUGCUUUCUUCUGGUAUGGUAGCGAUGCCGAGUCCUGUAAAUGUGCACUCUGGAGCUGGUUCUGGGCAAGGGAGCUCCAAGUUGAGACCUCGUGAUGCUUUGCAUUUGAUGCGGCCUAGCCAGAGCUUGGAACCUCAAAGGCAAAUGAUGGUGCCAGACAUUCAGUUGCAGGUCUCACAAGGAAACAGCCAAGGAGUCCCUCCGUUUGGUGGGAUAAGUUCCAAUUUCUCUAAUCAGGUGGUCCCUCCAGCUGUUCAGUCUUGCUCACUCCAUCACCAGCAACCACAACCAAUGACCCCACAACAAAACCAUGUGCUCAACAAUUCUCAUCAUUCCCAUCUUCAGGGACCCAGUCAUUCUCCCAACAUGCGGCAUCAAGCCUUUGCAAUUCACUUGGCUAAAGAAAGGCACCUGCAGCAGCGAAUGCUGCAGCAGCAGCAACAAUUUUCUGCGCCCAGUGCUUUGAUGCCACAUGUACAGCCACAGGCCCAGCUGCCUAUAUCAUCUCCUCUGCAUAAUAGUUCCCAAUCACAAACUUCCCCAACUGUAUCACUGUCACCAUUGACGUCGACAUCCUCAAUGACUCCAAUGUCCCAGCACCAGCAAAAACAUCAGAUGACGCCUCCUGGGCUUGGUCGUAAUACUCAACCUGGAGGCUACGGGUUGACCAAUCAGAUGGGCAAGCAACGACAACGUCAACCACAGCAGCAGCAGCAGCAACAGUUUCAACCUGGUGGCAGGCACCAUCCUCACCAACUGUCACAGUCUCAACAGCAGACCAAACUUGUGAAGGGAGUUGGAAGAGGGAACAUGAUUAAUCAGCACCUUCCAAUGGAUCCCUCCCUCCUGAAUGGCCUUUCAACAGCUCCAGGAAGCCAAUCUACAGAAAAAGGGGAGCAGGCUAUACAUUUGAUUCAAGGUCAAGGCUUAUAUUCUGCGUCAGGGCUAAACCCUGUUCAACCAUCCAAGCCGUUGGUGCACCCUCAGACUUCAAAUCAGUCCCAGCCUCAGCAAAAGAUAUAUUCUGGCCAGAUACCUCCUUCAUCAAAGCAAAUUCAGCAGAUGCCUUUAAACGUUGACACUAGCAAUCUAGGUCAUGUUCCACCUGUCACCUCUGGUCCUACAUCUUCUGCUUCCCAUCAAGCUGUAUCAUCAUUGGGGAUGGCCUCCUCCAAUCAUCAGCAGACACAACCUGUGCCACAGCAUCACCAAAAGUUGGUGAAUCAAUCUCAAUUAAAUGUUCAGAGAGUGCUUCAACAAAAUCGCCAAGUGAAUGCUGACCCUGCAAGAAAGCUGCAGGCCAGAGAUGUUCAAGCUGACCAGAACUCUGUCAACAGCCCAUCUCAGAUGCGUGUGAUGAUGACAAUGCCUCAGUCCUGUGUUGAUGCGAUUAAUGUAAUGCCAGUUCUUUCUUCCACUAAUGAUCCUCAAUGGAAAGAAUCUGAACGAUUAUAUGAUUCUGGUACGCCUAAUCCUGCUACACAGUUGGGUUCUAUUGGGUCCCCCCCUUUGACAAAUUCUGCUGGGAGUGAGACUACGCCCGCGGACAGCCACGGACUAAGCCAGAGGCAAUCAUCUGGCAGCUUGUCCCCUCUUGGGCAUGAAGUUGAAGCACAGUGGCAGCAGCAGUCAUCACAACUGCAUCUUCCCCCCUCACCACCACCCACACAACAGCUGCAGCAGCUACAAAAGCAACAGCAAUCAACACUACAGCAGUUGCCUCCGCAGCAUCCUCAGCCACAGUCACAGCUUCUGCAAGCAGGGAGCACUAGUUUGUAUGUCAGGUCCACUAACUCUAGACUUGAAUGAAGCACUCUUAAUUGAUUAAUUCUUGGGGUGGCUGGUCCUGCCCAGUUUGGGUGGGCAUGCCCUCGAAGCAGCAGUGUACAGACAGGUGACGCUCAUCAUUCCAUCAAAAGGCGGAACUAGAUGGUAAUUAUUUCAUAUUUUUAGAGUUUACUGCAGGGAUGAUAGCAGGGCUAAAUUUUUGGUUAUUAUGUAUAUUAUUAUUUCCCCGAGCUUUGGGAAGAUAGAGGCAG